AUGAGUCGCGCCGGCAAGCUUGCCCCCGAGGUCAAUCGAGCUUUGUUCGUGAAGCAUCUAAGCUACACUGUCACGCCAGAGGACCUAUUCGAGCUCUUCGGCAAAUUCGGACCCAUUCGCCAGGUCCGCCAGGGCAUUGCUACCAACACCAAGGGCACUGCCUUCGUCGUCUAUGAAGAUGUCAUGGAUGCAAAGCAGGCCUGCGACAAGCUGAACGGCUUCAACUUCCAGGGCCGAUACCUGGUCGUAUUAUACCACCAGCCAGAGAAGAUGGUCAAGUCAAAAGAGGACCUCGAGGCCCGCAAGGAGAAUUUAGUGCAGCUCAAGCACAAGCACGCCCGUCGUACGUCUGCAGACCCGUCGAUAUCUUCCACCUCCACCUACACCUCGUCCAAGGCGAGCCCCAAAUCUAGGCCCCUCUCGACACCGAUUCCAGUGAAGAAGAAGGAAGUCAAGCUGGCUGUUGCAACCAAGGUUGUGACAACGACGGCGAUGACGCCGAGAAAGGGCAAGCCGGACGAGGUUUCCGAGCAGGCACGAAGAACAGUCCUUAGCUUCGUGCGUGGCUUCCUGCCCCAGAAGACAAGCAACAAGAUGGUCAUGACCUGA